AUGAAGAUUGUGUUCAGUCUGAUGAAGAUUCUGGAGGUUUAUUGGGGUCUUGGUCAGUUGAGCAAUGAUGUUAAUUUGUUGCCAAUUGAAUAUGCUGAUUGGAGGGUAUUCGCUCCUCACCGGAAGGACAAAGCCUGGGACAUGAUUCUGACAAAAUUCUGGUUUGAUAAUCCGGACACGAAAAAGAACUAUGUUCUAAGUGUAUUAGGGAGCAGUGCAAAUUCAGUGAAAAAUGGAAGAAAAUGCGUGAACGGAAUAUCAAUAACCAUAAAAAGAAUAUUAUACCACAUGUAUGCGAAAGAAAGAGUUUUGCGAGGAAGCGACGCAACAUUAAAUACCAAACAGGAAGAACACCAUGCAGAGCAGAAUUUUUCAUUGCAAGCCGCAACCCAAAACAUAGAUCAUGUGAAUUAG